AUGGUGACUGCUUUGAGCAAAUGGGUCUUUCUGUCACUUAUGUUCUCCGUUUUCGUCUCUCUGAUAAACCGCAAAGGUGAAGCAGAGGGUUUAAAUCUUUCUCCAUCUUCUUCACCAACACGUUCUUCAAUUGAUGAAGGAGGUGCCCUCAGCUACGAUUUUUACAGAGAAACGUGCCCUGAUGUUGUUGAAAUCAUCAGGUCGACCAUGACUCGGAUGGUCUCCAAGCACAGGAAAGCCCCAGCGCAACUACUGCGUCUCUUGUUCCACGAUUGCUUCAUUGAGGGUUGUGAUGCUUCAGUUCUAUUAGAUGAUAGCAAUGGGAAUAAGAAUCAUUCGAUAGAAAAGAAAGCAAUUCCAAACAUGACACUUAAAGGCUUUAAUUAUGUAAAUACCAUCAAAAACGACUUGGAAAAAGUUUGUCCAGGCAUCGUUUCUUGUGCUGACACUCUAGUUCUGGCUACUAGAGAUGGUGUUGUUAUGGCAGGGGGUCUAUACUAUCCGGUGUUGAUGGGUAGGAGAGACAGUGAGCGGUCCUACUUUGCAACGGCCAUGGCCGAAAUUCCAAGGCCUGAUGGGAAUAUCGCAGAAACGCUUCGGUUGUUUGCCCUGAGAGGAUUUAGUGAAAGGGAAACUGUUGCACUUCUAGGUUCCCACAACAUCGGCAAAAUUGGCUGUCAAUUCAUUCAACCUAGAUUGAAUGACUUCUUGGGGACUGGACAAGCAGAUCCUUCCAUUGCCUCUGAUUACAUUAGUGUUAGGAGAUCUAAAUGUGAACACAGUAACAGCAGUGCCAGGAAUGGUGCUCCUUCGCCCAAUAAAUCAAGGGCUAUGAGUGAGUUGACCGGGGGAGCUUUGAGUUUCUAUCAAGAGCUGUUAUCUUCUAUCCGUUCUGUAUCAGGGUUCGGUUCUCAUUAUUACCAGAGUUUGCUUAGAGGGAGAGGACUCCUCUUUGCAGACCAGCAACUUAUGGCAAACGAGAAGACAGCUGAAGUUGUUAGAGACUAUGCUUCUGAUGCAACCAUAUUUAGGAUGGAUUUUGCCAGGGCCAUGGUGAAGUUGUCGAACCUCGGAUUGCUUACUGAAUCCCAAGGACAGGUCCGACUCCACUGCUCUUUGCCUAUGAUAUAUAAUGUCUACAUUAUAUUGAAUACACUGAUGGAAUCUGUAGACUAUAGCUAUGAAUUAUCCCUUACUGUGUUCUUGCUCACUUUCAUCAUGAUAAUCGACCUGGAUAUCCUUCGCAUGAAACUUAACCUCCCCAGUGGCGUUCAAAUUAGGGUAAAUCCAAACUUCUUUAGAAUCAUAUCUGUUCUGCUGUUGCUGACCCAUGACAGAGUCCUCGGCAAUACAAUGAGUCAGCUCAAGAUCCCAUCCUUUGGUAGGAAGAAGGACCCUCCAAGGACCACUGACGCUUCUACUGCAACCUCUUCUCCUGCCUCGGCAUUUUCUUCUGCCACUAUCUCUGGCACUUCCCCUCCUAUCAAUCCGACUGUGUUAACUGCCAGCCCGGUCAUCAACGUUCUGCCUACCAAUCCGAGCACAACUUCUUUAGUCAGCAACCCUCAGAAUGCUACCACUGUUGCUGCUCGUGAAAAGGAGAAAAGGAAGAGGCCUCUGCCUGAGGGUACAUCUGGUCUAGAUGGUAUCCCUCCAAGCAGAAGGGUUCGCACCUCUGGGCCUAAUGCGCCCGUGUCUCCACCAAUCAGGCCCCCUCCACCUUCUGGGUCUGUCAUAGCCAAUGUUUCUGCCUCUAUAAUGGCGCCAUGGAGUCCUCGGUUCGUCCGAGCGGAUAGGACAAGCGUGAAGCGGAGCGAGACAAUGUUCAAGGAUGGUCCUACCGCCAUGGCAUAUUACAGGAAUAUGUGA